AUGGAAAAUAGCAAUAAAAUAAUUCCUCCUCAUUUAAAUGCAGAAGUUUAUCGAACUGAUACAACUGGGACUAGCACACAAUCAUAUCUCGAUUAUAUUCGUCUUCAUCCUGAUGGUACGAAAUUAAUAGGAUGCUCAGAACUUACGGGACGAUACUGGAAUGGAGGUGCGACCAUAUUAGAAAAAAAGACUGAUGAAAAUAAAUCUAACAUAUCAAAAAAAGAUAUUUACUUAACCAGUGGCAGUGCAGAUGGAUGCUUUAUUGAAAGUUCUAGUAAGGUGCUUCUGUGUGAAGAUAGUGGUACAAUUAGCAUGUGGUCAUGUAAACAGGAUGAUGCUUGGAAUUUAUGGAACGAGGAUCAGUCUGCAGCUGAGCAUGAUGAUGCUAUAUUAGCUAUAGAUUGCCUUGACCAGGAUAAAGAGUAUAUAACUGUUAGUGCUGAUGGAAACAUAAAGGUGUGGGAUAUUGUAGAUCUUUUUUGUAUAAGAAAUUACAUAGCAGCACAUAGCAAGGCAAUUCAUGGAGUUUCAGUUAGACCUUCUUCUUUGUCAAGUUUUGUGACUGGUUCAUUAGAUUAUUAUAUAUAUUUGUGGGAUGAAAAUGUUGAAAAACCAGCUUUAGAUGUGUUUGAGAAUAACUGUGGUGUCCGAUGCUUGCAAUGGCUGAAUGAAAAUAGCAUACUAUUUGGAGAUGAAGCUGGAAAUCUAAGCUUGAUUGAUAUUAGAAAACCUUUAACUUCAACAAAUCUUACUGAAUUUCCUGCUGCUGUUCAUAAAAUAUCUGUUGCACCUCAAUCUAAUCUUCUAUCAGUAUGCUGUGAUAACAAAAUUGUGUCAGCUUUUGAAAUUAGUGAUGACUUAAAAUUGAGUUUGCGUUAUGAAAAUAGAAAUUUGCAUAGUAAUUUUGUAAGGGGAAUGGCAUGGGAUACAGAGGAUAAAAAUAUUUUACACACAGUGGGUUGGGAUGGAGAAAUGAAAAGCCAUGUAUUAGUC